AUGGCCGACCACCAUGACAGCAACGGAGCGGACUGGAUUCCUGAAUCGCUCGACCCGUCCAUGUUCUUCAAAGCCGACAUCAUAAGUUCCGAAACGAGCAUCGUGGGCUUCUGGCGACACCCAAACCAUCGUAGUGGCAACAAGGAAGGUCUCUGGCGCAGGACAGGAGAUAAGGAGGCUCAUCGCGACAACGUGCCACGCGUCGAAAACCGUGACGUGUUCAGGAGCAAAGUAGAGGAGCUGAGGAAUGAGUGGAUUUGGGGGGAGGGUGAUAGCAGUAUGGCACAUGGCUUCCGCUUCGAGUCUCAGACGUACUGGGUGGAACUUAUUCCCGACGGAAUGUAG